AUGGCUCGUGCACGCGCGGUUGAGACACGCCUGGAGAGGUUGCUUCCUUCUCUUGAGGAGUACUUUACAAGCGGACUCCUUACCCACGACGAGACGCAGGAUGUGGCGCGCCAACGGACACAUUGGGAGUACCGUCUGAUCGCAAAGCCACUGCUGCUGCUGGAUGUGCAGAAUGCCGUGGCAUAUGAGUUGGGGCUGGAGAAACGGAUAGAGGAAUACUGCGGAACAACGAAGCUGGUGCUGAAACAUCGCUGGGCCGUGCUGGAGCGUAUCGAGACCAUUUACCGCAUUGGCAUCAAACAUAUAAAAGAUAGGGAUGAGUUAGAACUUUUGCGCAGGGAAUUUGUUCAGUUCCUAAAGGCUCACAACCGUCACUCCAGUCUUUCCGCACUCUACGGCGAGCUCAUGGUGCGCUACCCGACCCGCAGCUCACUUUGGGUGGAGGCAGCCCUCUACGAAGGUAUCGAGAUGGGCAACACAGACAAUGGCCGUGCCAUUGUGCAGCAGGCCGUCCUCACCGCCGGUGCACAACCGGAUGUGUGGAAUGCCGCAUUCCUUCUGGAACUGUACUUUGCCGACCGCCUGCUACAGAAGCUGUUGGAAGAGGGGUCCAAAAAGGAGCAAAAAAGCCCCCCAAAAGACAUUGUGAAGGAACUGCGGGAGGAGAACGCGGCUCUGGCCAGUGUGGUGGUGGACCUGGCAUUGGUGAAGGCUGUCGUGGAGGAGGCCCUUGAAAGUCCUGCCUGUGGUCCGAAUUUGGUCCAGCUGCUACUGGAGAGCGCAAUGCGGUUCAGUUUUACCAAGUCAGUUGUGGAGACGCUGAUGGCAUCCGCCUUUUCAAAAAUGCUGUCUGCAUUAACGUCGCACGAUGGUCCUGCCCGCACUGCAUCAAACAAUUGGAGCGGAGCAGGGCUUUCCCGUUUUGUGACGGACUUUUUGAGAAUCGACGUGAUUAUGCUUGACCGUGGCGUGAUGGGGGAUGCCGCAUCAUUUCUUCGUUCCCAGGGUCGUUUUCACGCGUCCACACCGGCUGAACGCAGGGCAGUUCUUGUGAAGGCGUUUGCUGCGUCUCUGACACUCGCACAAACUGAGAGGAUUUCAUCAUUUUUGGCUUUGGGUGGACUGCGGGAGACGGCGGUUGCGGAGGUGGAGCCACUGUUGGAGGCUUUGCGGGAGUCAACUUCAGCGAGCGGUGUCUCCGCCUUGUGCCGCCGCCUUCUUUCUAACCAACACAUCAGCAUAACUGAUACGGUGAAUUGUUUGUGUGGGCGAAAGGAUGCGUCUUUUUUGCAGCGCCUGGCAAGCGCAGCAGCUGAGCGGGUGCAGGCGGCUCUGCAGACGGUUCCAGAGGAGUUACCCGUGAAAGUCAAAAGGGCAAGAAAUGAGGGAAAGAGCAGCAAGUCGAUCACAUGGCGGAUAUGGCGUUUUCUGCUGCCUGAUGAUCGAAAGGCGGUUGAGUCUUCUGUCUCUCAAGCCGUGACGCGCUUUGUUUCUGGAGACGAUGUUGAGCGGUUGGUCCUUUCCCAAUGCGACGUGAAGGAUGUUUCUGCGGUGGAACAUGCCCUGACGCUUUUUCUGCGGGAAUUUCACCUUAUUGGGGAAAGUGAAGGGAUUGAGGGCCUCCAUCGACUGCGUUUCCACAAGUCAAAGACUCCCAUCGCUCUAUGGAAGGUGUUUCACCUUCUGGAGUUGCGUUGCAAGCCGAGGGUGAAGCCCUCCCGCACACCUUCCUCAGUAAGCAGCGAGAGUGAUAUUGACGACGACGUUGUGGAUAAGAGGAGAAGCAAAACCACAAACAACGCAAGCUACGCCUCGGCGGGUCUGAAGUUUCUCGCCGGUGUGCCGCAUGGCUCACUGGAUCAAGUGGCGGAAGAAGAGCGUCUUGAGGGCUGCUGGGGUCUCUUGUCCGUUCGUGUGCAGACACUAACGGGACUAAAGGACACGACGACCCGCGCCGACUUCAUUGCCUGUUUGCAGCGCAAUAGUAGCGACAUUUGGGUGGAAGGCGUACGUUCUGUUCUUUGCGUGGCUCGGCUGUGCGAACCGCUUCCACGUCAGACACAUACUGAAAUUACCAUUCCGUUCCUUGAGGCAGUGGCGCUGGAGCGGGGAGGAAGGGAUGGCGGUGCUUUGCAGGAGGCAAGAGAUGCCCACGAACGUCUUUUAGGAAUGUACGCCCUGUCAAAGCACCCGAACAGCUUUCUUCCACUUGUGCACCAGGUACCGAGGCGGGCAGAGACGCGCGCAAGAAUUUUGCCAGCGGAGCUGAAUGCCGCCGAUUGGGCUCGACUUGUGGCUUUUGAGCGUGAAGUGGCGAAGGAUUUGCCGCGCGCGAAGGAGGCAGCCGUGAGGGCGCGGAGAUUGUCACUGGCGCCGCAGCGGCUCUUGGCGAUGCUCAGCACUUAUUAA